AUGUUUUUUUUUUGCGGUGGCAACAAAACAAAUCCUACAGGGGUCUUCAGUUUGUUUUCCCUGCUAGCGCAGCAUGGUAAAAUUGUAAUUCCUAAAGAAUGUAAACGUGACAGCAAAGGCUUCAGAAUUUUAGAAAAUCAAGUUCCUGACUUCACCAAUUGUACAAAUGAUGAAAUUGUUAGUCUUUUACGAAAUAGUGUAUUAUACUCAGAUGAUAAUCUCAUAAUUUUGAAUAAACCAUAUAACUUAGUUAUUCAUGAAUCAGAAACAACAAAAGAUCGCUGCUUAUCAUCAUUGUUAGAGGAUUUAGCGAAAGAUUUAGAUCCAAAAAAUGCUUCCCCAAAGCUUUUAACUGUUCAUCGAUUAGAUAAAGAAACAACUGGAUGUCUGUUACUGGCUAGGACUGAAAUAAUGGCCCAGACUUUAAAAUCCUAUUUUGCACAAAGAAAAAUAAUGAAGAAGUAUUUAAUAAUAACUUCUAAAGUUCCGGAACCCCUUGAAGGAAUAAUUGAUAUCCCUAUAUCAGAAGGUUUUAUUGAAAGGAAAUCAAGGAUGGUUCUUCAACCUGAAAUUCCCAGUGAUAUUAAAUAUUAUAAUCAUUGCAAUAAAGGAAAACGUGCAGUUACCCAAUACAAGGUUAUUUCUACCAGACAUAAUGCUGCUCUUGUAGAGGUCAGGCCAGAAACAGGGAUCAAGCAUCAAAUACGGGUCCACUUCGGUUUUGGUUUGUCUUGCCCUAUAUUAGGAGAUCACAAGUAUUCUCAUUUAACAAAAUUAGCUCCACAGAAACUUCAAGCUGAUAUAUUACAGAAAUUGUAUGUUCGACAAAGCAAGGUGCGGUAUAUCCCAAUGCAUAUUCAUGCACAGAGUAUCGUCAUACCAGAUUAUUUCGAGAAAAGAAAUUUGUUUGUAGCAGCUCCUUUACCUGAACACAUGAAAAGAAGUAUGAAAGCAUUGCAAUUAAUUAAAUAAAGUGGUUGUAACCUAACUCAGCUCACGAAAUACUUCAUUGUUUAAAAUAGAUCUCUUUUUUGGGAAAACUGAA